GCGCAUGCGCGCUGCGGCUCCGCCUCCCCGGCGGGAGGUAACCGGAGCGCGGGGUCCCGCUCGGCGGCUUCGCACGCCGCGCCGGCGGGAGAGCGGCGCCUGGAGUCAGUGCCGAAGGACGGGGCAGCCGCGCCGCCGCCGCCCGCCCCUCGGCCAUGAACGCAGAGAAUUUCGGCUCCAGCGAGCGGCUGGUGACGGCCGCCUACGUGCGCCAGGGGGCGCAGGGCCGCCGCGCGCACGAGCUGCGCCUGCGGGCCCUGCUGGAGCAGCUUCGUAGUUACCUUUAUAUUAUUAAGGGAAAAUGUCCUGAAGAUGGAUGGGAUGAAAGCACCAUUGAACUGUUUCUUCAUGAACUUGCUAUAAUGGACAGCAAUAACUUUCUGGGCAACUGCGGAGUGGGUGAGAGGGAAGGAAGAGUGGCGUCAGGACUUGUUGCCCGAAGGCAUUACAGGUUGAUCCAUGGAAUUGGAAGGUCAGGUGAUAUUUCUGCAGUCCAGCCUAAAGCUGCUGGGUCUAGCCUUUUGAACAAACUUACUAAUUCAGUAGUUCUGGAUAUUAUAAAGCUGGCUGGUGUCCGGACAGUGACCAAUUGCUUUGUGGUUCCUAUGGCAACUGGCAUGAGUCUAACUCUGUGUUUUUUAACAUUGCGGCACAAGAGACCAAAGGCAAAAUACAUUAUCUGGCCACGUAUAGACCAGAAAUCUUGCUUUAAAUCAAUGAUAACUGCAGGUUUUGAGCCCGUGGUGAUAGAAAAUGUAUUAGAAGGCGAUGAGCUACGGACAGACAUCGAAGCAGUGGAGGCUAAAAUCAAGGCUCUUGGUGCUGAAAAUAUUCUUUGUGUGCAUUCUACAACAUCUUGCUUUGCUCCAAGGGUACCUGAUAGAUUGGAGGAACUGGCUGUGAUUUGUGCUAAUUAUGACAUUCCCCAUAUCGUCAACAAUGCAUAUGGAGUUCAAUCUUCAAAAUGUAUGCAUCUUAUCCAGCAGGGUGCUCGAGUAGGCAGAAUAGAUGCUUUUGUUCAGAGCUUGGACAAAAAUUUUAUGGUUCCAGUAGGUGGUGCUAUCAUUGCUGGCUUCAAUGAGUCCUUCAUUCAGGAGAUCAGCAAAAUGUAUCCAGGAAGAGCAUCUGCAUCUCCUUCCUUAGAUGUCCUCAUUACACUUCUGUCUCUAGGUGCCAGUGGCUACAAACAGUUACUGAAGGAUAGAAAGGAGAUGUUUUCCUAUCUUUCAAGUGAGCUAAAGAAGCUGGCAGAUACCCACAAUGAGAGACUGUUAGACACACCGCAUAAUCCCAUUUCUUUAGCCAUGUCACUGAAGAAUCUAGAUGAAAAUAACGAUGCUGCUGUUACCCAGCUUGGAUCUAUGCUUUUCACAAGACAAGUUUCUGGAGCAAGGGUUGUUCCCUGUGGGUCUGUACAAACAGUGAAUAACUACACUUUUAAAGGUUUUAUGUCACAUGCAAAUGACUAUCCCUGUGCUUACCUCAAUGCUGCCUCAGCAAUUGGAAUUAAAAAGGAAGAUGUCGAUGUAUUCCUAAAAAGACUCGACAAGUGUUUGAAGACUUCUAGAAAAGAAGCAAAGAAAGAGAAAAGUGUAAAUGAAAUAAGUAAUUCUAAUACAGGCACAGAACAACUUGAAGACUAGAAGAUACAGAUUUAGUAACACAGGAAGAUACGCUUUUGUUUGAAGUAUCUCAGGUUUGUUUUGGGUUAGCAUUGUGAAUCUGUGGGGGAGAAAGUUUAUUCCUGAUCUGAAAGAAAAAAAAAAAACAACAAACUUGGGUGAAAUUCACCUUUAAAGAAAGCAGGUGAUAUUCCUUCCAGGGCAGAGGGUCAGACACAAGUUUUUUGCAGCACAGAUAUGCACAUAAUAUCUGCCAAAAUAAAGCUUUACGUUCAUAAAGACCUUGA